AUGCGCACGAACCGUGAAGCUGCGAUGCUGGAUAAGAAACGGACACGAAUCUCAUUGGCAUGUUUGCGAUGCCGCCAACGCAAGAUAAGAUGCGAUGGAGCCGAAAUCUGCGAGCAUUGCCGGUUAGCAGGCGUCGAAUGCGAGCAUGUCAAAGUCACAAGAGAGCAAAAUGCAGAAGCGCGAGCACGCAAGGAGCGCGCCAAAGCCAGAAAACAGAUCAGUGACUCCCCGAAUCGUCCCAGUCUAGCCAGAGCUUCGACUACCAACAAUGCAUCGGCCAAAAUAGAGGCGACGAGUGGCUCCGCCCUCAAGCGCGCAAAGUCGUUCUCGCCAGUCCGCGCAGACCAUCUGCAAGCACAGCCAGUGCCAAACGGGCUCACCCUGCCGCAUCCCCGGUCACCUGUCGUCUCAUCGACGACGCCGCAUUGGGCAUGGUAUCCAACCGAUGCGAGCUCGUACGGUCAUCAGCUCGUCCACCCGCCAGCUUCACUCGUUCCAAGAGACUACCACCCACCUUUACAUCCACAAGCACAAGACCUCAUUCAUCCCACCCAGCCUCAUCUCGACGCGCUCAUGCGUUAUGGCCUUGCCUACAGCCAAGACGAUGCCCACCUCCCACUUCAUCCCGCGCAAGGACUGUAUCCUGUACUGCCGAAUCUGUCGCCUGCUGCCUUCACUCAUCGCACUCAGUCCAAUUCGACUUCAACUUCAUCUUCUCUUCAGCACCAUGACGAGUCACUGCUGACUUCUGCGACUACCUCACCGAUGGAGCAAGCAAAGAGCAUCUCUGCCUCGCCUGCUGGCUACUUCCAUCAUCCCCUCGAGCCUCUAGAUGCCGGUGAUGACAUCAUUGGUCCGGCGCAAGCAAUGAUGUCGACGCUGGGUCAUGAGCCGAUCUACACGAUCACCAAUCCGUAUCACCGCUACGUACCGCCGUCGCCCGCUCGUCAACACGCAUCGUUUCUGUCAUGUUGUGGAUCUCGAGAAAUGCGUUGCAAUGUCCGUGAUUGUGGUACAAAGUUGCGAAACAGUAUGAACAGCCUGUAUCUGGCGUGA